GAGACUCGACUCUGCCCUCCACUUGUCCACUUUACCUAAUCGUCUUCCCUCAUCGAUCCACACAUGUCUUAGACCAAUUUUCAUAUCCUAAUGGCAUCUGUUGUUUCUUUGCCUUUCACACCCCUUCAUCUGCAAUUCAAUUCACCAUCCACAACAAUAACUAGCUUGUUUCAACGUCAGGCGAUCGUCCGGCCAAUUAGAGGUUCAGUGUCAGAUAAACCACCUGCACAGGCGUCAGUUUCCAAGACUGGAGAAACCAAGCUUCCGUUGAAGGAAAUCCCGGGGGAUUAUGGUCUUCCUUUCGUCGGUCCGAUCAAAGACCGGCUUGACUAUUUCUACAACAAAGGCCGGGAUGAAUUCUUUAAAUCCAAAAUCCAGAAAUACCAGUCAACAGUAUUUCGAACCAACAUGCCACCUGGUCCUUUCAUCUCUUCAAACCCAAAGGUUGUCGCUUUACUCGACGGUAAGAGUUUCCCUGUUCUUUUCGAUGUGUCCAAAGUUGAGAAAAAAAACCUUUUCACCGGAACUUACAUGCCGUCAACCGACCUCACGGGCGGCUACCGUGUCCUCUCCUAUCUCGACCCUUCCGAGCCAAAACACGCCAAGCUCAAACAACUGGUGUUUUUUCUCUUGAAGUCUAGAGCAAACAAAGUGAUCCCUGAGUUUGAAGCUUGUUACUCCAAAUUAUACGAAACAUUAGAGGAAGAACUUUCCCAGAAAGGAAAAAGCAGUUUUCAGUCAGUUAAUGAUCAAGCUGGGUUUAAUUUCUUGUGUAGAGCUUUCUUCGAUUCGAACCCGGCUGAUACUAAGCUAGGAGAUGACGGUCCAAGCUUGAUUAGUAAAUGGGUAUUGCUUCAACUGGGUCCGAUUCUUUCUCUUGGUCUACCGGGAUUGAUCGAAGAACUUGCAAUCCGUUCUUUUCCUCUUCCUCCAUUUCUUGUCAAAAAGGAUUACCAGAGACUUUACGAUUUUUUCUACAAAUCCUCUGGUUUCGUUCAAGAAGAAGCUGAGAAGCUGGGUAUCUCACGAGAAGAAGCUUGCCAUAACAUGUUAUUCGCCACGUGCUUUAAUACCUUCGGUGGCAUGAAGUUCUUCUUCCCCAACAUGCUAAAGUGGAUCGGCAGAGGUGGAAUCAAAUUACAUACUGAAUUAGCAAAAGAGAUCAGGUCGGUUAUCAAAUCCCACGGCGGGAAACUCACGAUGGCCACGGUGGAACAGAUGCCGUUGACGAAAUCCGUCGUAUACGAAGGUCUCCGGAUCGAACCUCCGGUUGCUUCACAGUACGGGAGAGCGAAGAAAGAUCUGUUGAUCGAGAGCCACGACGCCGUUUACCAAGUGAAAGAAGGCGAGAUGUUGUAUGGGUACCAACCUUUUGCAACUAAAGACCCGAAAAUAUUCGAGGAUGGCGAGGAGUUUGUACCGGACAGAUUCAUGGGGGACGAUGGUGAAAGGCUGUUAAAGCACGUGCUUUGGUCGAAUGGACCGGAGACUGAGAACCCGACGUUGGAGAACAAACAGUGCGCCGGCAAGGAUUUCGUGGUGCUGGUGUCGCGGCUUUUCGUGGUGGAACUGUUCAGGCGAUACGAUUCGUUCGAGAUCGAAGUCGGUAAGUCGCCGUUGGGAGCUGCCGUGACGGUAACAGCAUUGAAGAGGUCAACCUUUUAGAGUUGCAUUGAAUUCUUAGAUCUGUGGAUCCUAGAAUCCUUAAUUGUUUAGACACUAAUAAAAUUAUGCCAUCUCAUCAAAUUUUAAGAAUAUAAACACACUGUCAUGGACGGCAUAAGUCAGUUAAUCGA